GGGAGGCGGCACCCCAAGGCUGAGGAGGAGGCCCGAGAGCGACAUGUCCCAGGUUGCUGAGGCAGAACGGUCCGCGGCGCUGUUUUACUGAGUCGGGGGCGGCCUGGCGGCCGGCCGAGGACAAGGGUCGGCAGGGGCUGCCCCCGCAGUGGCGGCCGCCAUGCUGAGGCCCCGGGCAGCGGAGGGGGCCGCCGUGGCGCUUCUCCGGCUACUGCUGCUGCUGCUGCUGUCGCCGGAGCUCCGGAAUCCCGGGCUCGGCGUGGCCGGCGCCGCUGGGGCCGGACUGCCCGAGAGCGUCAUCUGGGCAGUGAACGCGGGCGGCGAGGCGCAUGUGGACGUGCACGGGAUCCACUUCCGCAAGGACCCUCUGGAAGGCCGGGUGGGCCGAGCCUCAGACUAUGGCAUGAAGCUGCCAAUCCUGCGCUCCACCCCAGAGGACCAGAUCCUGUAUCAGACCGAGCGGUACAAUGAGGAGACCUUUGGCUACGAAGUCCCUGUCAAGGAGGAGGGGGACUAUGUGCUGGUGUUGAAGUUUGCUGAGGUCUACUUUGCACAGUCUCAGCAGAAGGUGUUUGAUGUCCGAUUAAAUGGCCAUGUCGUGGUGAAGGACUUGGACAUCUUUGAUCGUGUGGGGCACAGCACGGCUCACGAUGAGGUUAUCCCUCUGAGCAUCCGGAAGGGGAAGCUGAGUGUGCAGGGGGAGGUGUCAACCUUCACGGGGAAGCUCCACAUCGAGUUUGUCAAGGGGUACUAUGACAAUCCCAAAGUCUGUGCGCUCUACAUCAUGGCUGGGACCGUAGACGAUGUACCAAAGCUGCAGCCUCAUCCAGGACUGGAGAAGAAAGAAGAGGAGGAGGAGGAGGAAGAAUAUGAUGAGGGGUCUAAUCUCAAAAGACAGACCAACAAGAACAGGGUGCAGUCAGGCCCUCGCACACCUAACCCCUACGCCUCGGACAACAGCAGCCUCAUGUUUCCUAUCCUGGUGGCCUUCGGAGUGUUCAUUCCAACCCUCUUCUGCCUCUGCCGCUUGUGAGAACUGACCAUCCUCAGCAGGGUGGAGGGCAUGGGAAAGAAACCAGACAUGGUGGUUUCUGUAUUCUUCAGUGUUUAGCAAAAGAGAAAACAAACCAAACAGUGCACACUCGCGCGCGCGCGCACAUACACACACACAUGCACAUAUACACACACACACACACACGCACGCACACACACACACACACACACACACACACACAAAGAGAUAAGAGAGCAGAGUGAGUGGGGUCCCCCCCCAACACUGGUCGCAGAGCUGCUCAGUUCUGCUCUGCCUAGCUGGCCCCCAGCUCUCUUUUUCUCUGGGGUACGUAGGUGAGUGGAUCCUUUGUCUCCAAGGACCCUCAUUAUAUACCUAGUAGAAAGGACUCUAAACUCAGAGCAGUCACAGUUCCUGGGCUUUUUUAGGUUAGACAUUAACAAACAGCAGGAAAAUGUCACAUAACCUGGAAAGACUGCACUGGGAGUUGAGUGUGUUCUGAGUUUAUGUCCAGAUGUGAUUUCAGAAGUCAUGGUAUUCUAAGUAUGUGUUGGGAGGUAAAUAAGUUGGAUGGUAAAGACAAAGGCUUGGAAAAGAAAGUCAGUGCUUCCUCCUUGGAAGCCUUUCUGGGUUAAUCUGUUGAUGUCUCCACCUCACGUGUCUUCUCUGUCAUCUCUCGUCUUGAUGUGUGCCAGUUGGAGGACUGUGGUAUCCAAGACGACUAGUGUGUGUCAGGUCCUCAAAUCGCCUACAGCUUGUUACUACAACAAAUCGUUUUGAUUUUAGUGCCUGUUGAGGACUUGAUUUCUUCUUGAUUUUUCUCUUAAUCUGGUUCAUUUGAAAUUUCUUACUUCUUAACCAUAGAGCUAAGUUAUUGUCAAAACUGGGCAGGAGACAGGAGAUUGGAGUUGUCUCUGCAGGGGUGCCUGGCCCGCCACCACCUCCCCUUGUUGGUACCUCCCUCCCUGAAUCCCUGACCGCGCGCAGCUCUUACUGGCCCCUCCAUAGGGCCUUGCUGCCAGGGGACAGGGAUGCUUUCCAGCCUGCAGCAACAGAACACUUGACCUUAAAAGUCUCUUCUGGUCUUUGGAUUAGAAAAGGCUUAUGUUAGCAACCUCAGAGACUUGAGCCCUGCUAAGCGACUGACCACUGUUUAGAAUGUCCAGAGUCUGAUGUCCAUCUGUCCCCGUGUCCUCUGUCCUCUUUCAGCUAGUUUAGGCUGAUGCCUAGAGCCACCCCAAAGAACUAAGACUGGCUGCAGCAGCCCAGCUGUGUGCUCAAUUGAUCCUAGUACACUCGCCUGCCGUCUCCUCCCCAUCCCCAUCCAAGGAGCAGCUACGGUCCAUCCAAGUGCGAUGUGACAGAGACUCCUAGUCAGCAGUAGUUCUGGAGGUUCUGAAUGUCUAACUUUAGCAUCAAAGUGUCUGUCUCAAAUUCCCAGUAAACACCUCCAUAGGGGAUGAAGUUUCUGUGUUCCCCAUCUUUCUUUUGGUCACCUUCAACUGUUUGUCAGUUAAGAUGUAGUGAGGGACAGCCCAGCUGCGAUAAAAGGGAUUCUCUAGGUCAGAAGCAGCAGGGUCUGCUUCAGCUUGAGGUGGGGCAGUGUAAGCCAGGCCAGGCCCAUAGUUCUGAAUGUGUUAAAAUGUUAAGUUUGCCUUAUCAGAUAUCUGAGCUGUGUGACACAGUAAGUAGUUCUUGGGCUACGUCUUGACUUUGGCUCCUAAUGAUGACUCCAGGCCAGCAUUCCGUCAUUUGAGAACUGUCCUCUAUUUUCUCUGUGACUUAGGCUAGCCCUUGGGUACUGAGUGGGCAGCCGCACAGCUAUGGCCUCAAGUUGCUGUCAGGAGCUCUUCCUGGAGUGCUUGCAAAGGUCCUGUUUCUACAGGAUCAGGUACUACCGUGGCCUCUUGGGAACUACCUGCCUAGGGCAAUAGGUGUCCUGACUCAUGGGGCUUCUGACAGAGCUUUGGUUCCUGGUCCAUCACUAUUACAAACCUGUGGGCCAGUGUCAGCACAUUGACAAAGAGGUGAAGGAGAACAGCUGCCUCCAUGCUGCCUUGUUUGCCUGGGUCUCUGAGGAAGGAGGGGUCCUGCUUUCUCACCCCAACUCAUCCCUGUGGUGACUCAGAGUCUCAGAAGGAAACCCUGACUCCCGGGGCCAUUUCCUAACGGUACUGUAAGCCAAGCAGCUCGGCUCCUGCCUCUGUUUCCAAGCCCACCCCUUCCCUGAGGGAUUGGGACGCUGCUUUCCUCUGUAGUGGUGUCUGAACGGAAGGAACAUCUUUCUGUAGCUAACAAAAACUAAAAGGGAAGCGAGGAAACAGAAGGGAAGGAGUGUGGCGGGGCGGGCCUGGGGUAGACUCCCUAGCCAAGCCUGCUCAGCUAAUACAGCUGCUUCACGAUGAACUUGAAAGCUUUGCCCUUCCUCCAACAGAUGUAGGUACACGAGGUUUGGGCUAACGGGCUGGGUGGGGCAGUCUUUAUUUUUAUUUUUGUAUUGUGUGUGUCAAGAAUUACUCCAUUGUUCAUGUUGCUUUCUGCACUGUUUGUUCCUCUGAGUUUUGAGCUAGAACAAGGAGUUGCCUGGGGGUGGGAGCCGUGAGGUGCCAGUCAGGGAGUGGACAGGAGAGGCCAGGGUUUUCCGUCUGAGCUGUCCUCUGACCCAGGAUUUUAGAGCCCACAGAUCCAGCGGUAGAGAGGAAGGCAAAGGAGUAGUGUGGUUCUGGCCAUGCUUGGGAGGAGCAAGCAGGGACGGCUGGGUUGAGUCACAGGGUCAGUGUGAUUCAGGUCAGUCAGGGCAGCUGGCCUCUGACUGCGUUGCUUUAGGUCUUAUUCAAAUUCUUAAACAUUGUGCCAAGAAAUGAUUUGUGGGAUUCAUGUCCCAAAACCAUUAAAUCUAUUGUUUGGAAAGCCUGCAGUCCUGAGGAGGAGCUGCUCACGAGACACCCACAGAUCUGGCAGUUUGAAAGGCAGCCUUCAAAUGCCCAUCGAUGAAAUAUGUGACCUUUCCUCCUGUUCCUGCUGGGUAGGGGAUCCCAGGGUCACAUGCGCCUCAGUGAGAUGGGUAGAGUUAAGCUGUGUUUGACUCCUGCUUUGUGUGCCUGGGAGCAGUUUUAGAACUGUGGUUCGACUUUUUAAUUUUGUUGAGAAGCUUCUGUUUUAAGGAAUUUCUCCUUCUUGUCUCAUUCUUGCCUCUCCUGGGAAGAGAUGCCCUGGCCUAGGUCUUAGCUAAGGAUCUGAGAGACAGCCGCAGCAUUCCCUUCUCUUAGCACGCAGAGCCCUCUCCUUAGAAACUGGCUCACCUUUCAGAGUCCAGGGAGGAGUCAGUAAGGAGUCAGUAGGUUCCCUCUCCUCCCUGGGAACUGGGGAAGGACCCGCCCCGUCAGCACAGUGCCUUUUCCUCUCCUGCUCUGAGUUAGGUGGGCGUACCUCUGGAUCCAGGUCUGAGCAGGCUCCGAUAGUCCCCAUCAUGGGCUCUUUCUCUGUCUCUCCCCCUCCUCGCUGGCCUGCUCUGACAUAAUUCAAGUGUCUUCUCGCCUUGAGGAACCUUAAAUGGAAGUGUGGCCACCACAUGUGAUUCUGCUCUGUGACUCUAUAAAAACCUAGGAGAGCACAUGAGUACUCUCCAAUGAGAGACUAACAGAUGCUCCUGCUGUUAAAAGACAGAGCUAGCGAGGUGUCGUUAGGCCUCCUGCUGUGCCUCUGAAGAAGGUGACUCUCAGGUAUGACUGACUGAGGCUACACAGACAACUGCAGACACCCAGGAUCCGCUCAGAGAUGGCAGAAGAGCUCGACCUCUCUGACAGGGAAGAUGUAAUUAGGAUCAAAGAGCACCAAGAAAAUUGCAAAGGAGCCUUGCUGCUUACACCCGAGAGCUUGGGUAGCUUUCUCUUCAGGGGAACUAGAGCUGUCUGUCAGUCUCCCCGACUCAGGGCAGGGGCAGGUGUGGAUUUCUGCAUGGUGGUAGACGACUGCAGGUGCUGGGGUCAGCUGCCCAGGGAGGCCGCUUGCUCUGUGCGUGGAUGGCCUAUUGCCCAUCUGCUCUGCCUUUCUUUCUCAGGCUGCUUUUGCCUCGUUUCUCUAGGUGGCCAGAUCGUCUUGAUAAGAGCAGGCCUGGGGACUGGUUGGAUCGGCAGGAAAAGAACAGAGUGCAUCUCUUGGGAUGGCUUCUCUCAGGAGUAUAAAAACAAGGGGCAGGAUGGUGCUGGCAGCCAGGGAACAGGAGUGCCUGUGGAGUUGGCAGAGAGGCCCUGGCACGCUCGCUCACUCGCUCGCUCGCAUCCAGGCAGUCUUGUGUGAUGGGAGCGCAUAGCGUCGGGAAAAGCAGAGCUCCAGCCUCACCUCUAUUUUGAGCUUAGUGCUUUAUUCCAGUAUGAGGAAAAACAACAACAAACUGAAGUGUGCUUUCCGUCCUUUCAAAGGACAACUGUCAGGAAACAGUUGAGGUGCCAGGUGGGAGGGGAGACUUGGCAAGAAGAGAUGUCAUGGCAAAGCGAGGAAAAGAGGCCUUCUUGGCUCUUCGCUUUCCUGGUGUGCCAUGAUCCAGGGAAUGAGAAGAAAUUUGACCCUGGAUUAGUUCCUUGGUUGGAGUUAAGGAACAUUACCUUUUCACACAGUUGUCCCGGGGUUGGAUGGCUAUCCAUUCUAAGCUCAGGGGAGCUUCUUCAACCACCAUCAGCCCAGCCUGGCUUGUGAGGGAACCAACCUGGUCCUCAGCAUUGAAGUUGGCUGCUUCCUCUGGAACCCAGUACUGAAGAGCAGGCGUCAAGUCCUUAGCCUCUGUAGCUCCUCUCUUUCCCUUCAAGGCCACACCGUACAUUUACAGCAGUGUAGCAAGGUGUAUUGAGGGGCCCUGAACCUGGCUGGCCAGGGAAGCAGCAGGGGGUAGGUAGAGCAGUUGUUCCUUCUGGGCUGUCUCCAUCCGUCUCUACCCCUUCCAUGCCCCACCCCACUUCCACCAAAAAGUAAAAAAUCAGGAUGUUUUUCACUGUCCAUUGCUUUGUGUUUUAAUAAACAAUUUGCAGUGAUA